UGUUUUGCUUAUUUAUUUCAUGGUUGCUUUAGUUCUUUUACUCUCACAGUCUCACUCUCUUCCCUCGCUUUGCUUCGUCCGCACGAUAAAGCGAUCCGAGGUAGAAAGGAAGAAAAAAUGAGCUGCAACGGUUGCCGGGUGCUGCGAAAGGGCUGCAGCGAGACAUGCGUUCUGAGAUCGUGCCUGCAGUGGAUUGAGUCUCCCACUGCCCAAGGUAACGCUGUUCUUUUGCUCGCCAAGUUCUUUGGCCGCAGCGACCUCCUUUCCUUCGUCUCCGCCGUUCCUGAAUCGGACCGACCCGCUUUGUUCCAGUCCUUGCUAUACGAAGCAUGCGGGCGCACAGUGAAUCCGGUCGACGGUGCUGUUGGACUUAUGUCUCGCGGCAUGUGGCACGUGUGCCAGUUGGCCGUGGAGACGGCCCUUGCUGGUGGUACUCUUACGCCAAUAACGGAUAUCACAAGCGCCGGAAUUUCCCCUGACGCAUUUGGCACCGACGAAUCUUCCGUGCAAAGCCUGUUCCGUCCAUCGGUACAGCGCAUGCAAGAAAAUCAGCCGUCCAAUCCUCUCACUCUCUCACUGCAACCUAGGUUCUCCAGAUCAGAGAUAAGUACCGACCCGAGAUUGCCCUCCCCAUGGAGAAUCAAGCGGUCGAUGGACAUGAUGAUUUCGUUCAAGUCCGAGGACUCCGAGAUGACUAGCCUUGCAAGUUCUGGCAAUGAUCGGAAGCUUCUAAACUUAUUCGACUGAAUGGGAGAGGGAGAGAGAUCGAGAGAGAGUUUUAAUCUUAGUGUGUAGAAGUCACUGUGCAGUGUAAGAGAGACAACAGUACUGAUAAUAUAUAAGAACCUUUUAGUUUCAUUUGCCGGAGUUAUCUCCGGCGAGCUUUUGG